CGACUCAAGCAGAAGCUACAGCAGCAGCAGCAGGGAGGAGUUCAACACUUUUCCUUUUUCACAGCCGACUAUCUGUCUCUUCAGAGCUUUUCGUGCCGUCUGCUACACCUGCCUGCCAAGCUCCAUUGCUGAUGGGCGCGGCUGGGACCUGCGCCCAAAUCUCUGUUUUGACUCGCCUGGGAAAGUUUAAGUAAAAAAAAAAAAAAAAAAAAAAGCACAAAAGGACGCAGGACUUUAAGAACAUCCCACCACGGCGCGUCGACUUCAUAUAUACACUUUAUCUCUCCAGUGGACGGGAUCAGUCGGUCCAUCUUGACAGGAGUCGGGAUUUGAUUGUUGUUCGAGCUGGCUGAAGUUGGCACAGUGUACGCAUGACUGUGGUCAACAUUUAUCAUCAUCAUCUCACCAGAUAAAAUGGGAUGGACGAGUUAACGAGGCAGAUGGACUUCUCAGGAGGCUUGUCAGAAGAAAAGGUUGUGACAGAAAGUGUAAUCUCCACGACCAGACUGACAUCUCUACCACCAAAGGGAACAAGCGGAUCAAAUCACAGGAAUAUGUCCAGCAGUGCUGGUGGGCUGGGCUUGGAGAAGAAUGUCUUAACCCAGAACAGCAGUGGAACUUAUUUCUCUUCAUCUUCUGUAGGUGUGAACACCAGCAGCUACAGCUCCUCCUCAGGAGUUUACCUCGGAGGAGACUCCUCAGGAGGUGAUGGAGGGGGGAUCUUCAUAGAUGGAGAGGGGUGGGGAAGUGCAGGAGGAGGCGGAGGAGGAGGCGGAGGAGGAGGAGGAGGAGGAGGAGGAGGAGGAGGAGGAGGUAGCAGAGGGGGCGGCAGUUAUCUCGUAAGCUCGGUGUCAAAGGUCAGGUCCAGCUCGUCGGGUGGUGCCAGGAGAGUGCAGACUGCUGGCUCAUCAGGAGGCCUGUCGCCAGCUUUCCGGGAGAGGAAGACCAUAUCCAGCCGCUCAGGAGGUUAUGACGGAAGUUCCAGCGGUAAUUCCUCUCCAGAGUUCACUCGCAAAGAUUAUGGAAUCUAUUGCUCCGGCACAUCAAGAGGGAGGAGCGAAAGCAGAGAGAGCGAGAUCAGAGCCAGAUUACAAAGUGCCUCCCCCUCCGCCAGCAGAUGGACGGAGCUGGAUGACGUGAAGAAGCUGCUGAAGGGACGCUCCUGCAGCGUCAGCCCCACUCGCUCCUCCAGCGCCUCCACCACCCUACCUGUUCCUAAAAAGGCCAGCGUUGAAACCAAGACCGUCUCUGUGGCCUCUCAGUCGGGUUCAACUUCAUUUGGCUCCGGUGUGAGAUCAGCUGGCUUCCAUACCAUUGAUACAUCAGGCUUUUAUGAUACCGGUCUGACAUCUGGGCAGUUUGACACUGGUGUAAAAUCAGGCCAGUAUGAUACCACUCUGAAAUCAGGCCAAUAUGAUACUGGUGUGAAAUCAGGCCAGUAUGAUGUUAGUCUGAAAUCAGGCCAGUAUGAUACUGGUGUGAAAUCAGGACAAUAUGACACCAGUUUGAGAUCAGGGCAGUAUGACACCAGUGUGAGAUCAGCCCAGUACGACACCGGUGUAAGAUCAGCCCAGUAUGAUACUGGUGUGAGAUCAGCCCAGUAUGAUACUGGUGUGAGAUCAGCCCAGUAUGACACGCUGGACGCUAGACUUCCUACUUUCUCCUGGUCCACCUCCACCCUGCCCGCUGCCUCCACCACUGUGGUCGCUGGCAACACCAGCAGCUAUGCGUACCAGGCCGGCAACAACAACAUGUCGGGAGGACCGUCGCCACUGGGCCUCACCUCACCUUCGUCCUUGUCAGUUUACGGCUUUCAGAAUAAUCUGGCACCCACCUCUCCCAGUGUGCUCACCACCAGUGGAGGCAACGCUACCAUUGGAGGUUAUGGCGUUCAGAAGAACUUGUCAAAUGGUGGUGGUGGUGUCGUCAGCUCUGGAGUCUCUACAACCACUAGAUCCCAAGCUGAUGAUUCAUAUAAGAAAGACUACAAGUUCCUGAUCUCCGAAAAGGAGAAUGUUCCAGUCAGGAGGGAUGCAGAAAUGCUCAUUUUGGCUAAAGACAGCGGGAAGCAAUUCACCAGCAGCAGCGCUCUGAUUGGAGGAGGGUCGAUAUCAGGAGAUUCAAUGAAGAAAGAGAAGCUUAUUUCAAGCUACAGUGAGACAAUGCCACUGAAGACAGAUACAGGCAACUCUUACUAUGGAUCAUCUGGAGUUGUAAUGAAAGACAAAGCCACCUAUGCAGAGAUUCACAGGGACAGCGGCAUCUUCGGAGGAGGAGGACUGUGCUGCUGCUCUGACGCGUGUUGCUCUUGGUGGAAAUGGCUGCUGGGUCUUCUCCUCCUCUCCCUGCUCCUGCUUGGACUCCUGUUUGGGCUCAUUGCACUGGCUGAAGACGUGAGAAAGCUGAAGAAUCGAGUGUCAACGCUCGAGGCAGAGUCCUCGGUGGCUGCUGCUCGAACCAGCCGGCUGUCAGGUUCUUCCAAUGACAUCAACACCUUUGGGGUCGCUGGAGCUGGAGCUGGAGGUUCCUCCCACACUGACAACACACUGGUCCUCGGCGCUGGAGGUGGAGGCUCGGGCUCCAAAACACGAAUCGGGAUUGCAGCUGGUGCUGGCGGCUCUGCUGGUGGAAAUGACGACAUCAUUGGAGGGGGUUCUGCUGGCACCGGUGUGGGUGGUGUGGCCCCGGGGGCCACCGGGGCUGGUGCUGGAGGUGCCGGUACCAGCUUCAGUGGCAGCGCAGGUGGUACAGGUUCUAGUUCCAGUGGCAGCUCUAGCGGUACUGGUACUAGUUACAGUGGCAGUUCCGACAGAGGUGGCAGUACUGGUACCAGUUUCAGUGGCAGCUCCGGCAGAGGUGGCAGUACUGGUACCAGUUUCAGUGGCAGCUCUGGCAGUGCCGGUGGUACCAGCUUCGGUGGUGGCACCGACCUCGGGACCGGAGUGAGUGGAGGACACAUGGACGCUGCUGCUAUUCAGUUGACGAUCCAGCGGAUGUUAAGAACUGAGAUGCAGUCACAGUCAUACAGAGCUUUUCUAGCAUCGUCAGUGCAGGGAGAGAGAGGACUGCCUGGACCUAAAGGGGACUCUGGACAUAAAGGAGAUUCUGGUUUCCCCGGAAUUCCAGGUGUGCCAGGUGCAAUGGGACAUGCAGGCCCUGAAGGUCCAAAAGGACAGAAAGGAAGUCAAGGUGAUCAUGGACAGGAUGGGGCACCAGGCGUCAGGGGGCGCGAGGGCCUGGCUGGCCCCAGAGGUGAGGCAGGACCUCCAGGCUUUGGAUCGAAAGGUGACAGAGGUGCCCCUGGGGAUCCUGGGUCAGUUGGACAAAAAGGUACAACUGGAGUUCCUGGACUUUCUGGAACACCAGGUCUUCAGGGUUUCCGUGGCGAGGCAGGGCUUCCUGGGCCUAAAGGUGACAGAGGGCUUCCUGGAACUCAAGGACUUAAAGGUGAUCAUGGUGACACAGGUCUCAGAGGUGUGAAAGGUGAUAAUGGUUUACCGGGGCUGCAAGGGCUAGCAGGAGAGACAGGACCUAAAGGGUCAAUGGGUUUGACUGGAGCCGAUGGAUUGAAAGGAUCAAGAGGUGAUUCAGGACAUGCUGGGCCACCCGGACUCAGAGGUCCUUCUGGGCCUCCUGGAGAUGCUUCACUUCCAGGAACUCAUGGGCUUCAAGGACCCCCAGGCAUACCAGGGAAUCCAGGAAGACCUGGAGCUAAAGGUGAAACAGGAGAACCAGGAAGAAUCAUCAACGCAGCUGGCUCCACGUCUGUCGGCAUCCCUGGACCACCUGGGCCUGCUGGCCCUCCCGGUCCUUCAGGUCCUCCAGGAUUAUCAGGUCCCAUUGGCCCUGCUGGUCUGCCUGGCCAAACUGGUGCUAAAGGUGACAGAGGAUAUAAGGGAGAGCAGGGAGAACAGGGAAUAACCGUGAGAACAUCUGAAAGUCUAAGUAGCUCAAGGUUCAGUGCCAGUGGAGGUUCAGGACAACCUGGCCCACCCGGCCCACCGGGUCAACCUGGACGUCCAGGAGAUUCAAGACAAGGACCCCCAGGACCACCUGGGCCACCAGGUUCUCCAGGUUAUGGAAGACCAGGACCUAAAGGAGACAGAGGAGAUGCAAGCUUUGCAUCCAGCUCUGGAACUUUCUAUACUGGACCACCGGGACCACCAGGACCUUCUGGGCCCAAAGGAUCAACAGGUUCUCCUGGACCAAGAGGAUACCAAGGUGAACCAGGCCUGGCAGGUCUGCCGGGUACCCCUGGAAGACAAGGAAGCUCUGAAAGAGUUUCGACUUACAGUGGAGGAAACGGGAUCCCUGGACCACCAGGUCCACCGGGACACCCUGGAGCCCAAGGAGUUAAAGGGGACACUGGAGCUCCUGGUAUUCCCGGCUCUUCAAGAGGCUCCAUCUCAGUCACCUCAGGCCCCCCUGGCCCUGCAGGUCCUCCUGGCCCUCAAGGCCUGCCGGGCUCCUUCGCUACUUCUAGUGAGAUGCGUCUAUACAUCAAUGACUAUCUAAGUAGAAGCAGACAGUCUAGUAUCCCCGGACCUCCAGGUCCACCUGGGCCUCCAGGAAUCCCCGCAACCUUUUCAGGCUCUAUUGACGACAUCUCCGUUCGUAUCCUUGCUUAUCUGCAACGUUCUGGCUCAGGCCUCAGCAUUGGUGUUCAGGGUCCUCCAGGACCACCUGGUCCACCUGGACCUGGCUCUGGGUCCAUGACGGUCAGCGGUCUCAUCUCCUUGCUUCAGAGAGAUGAUGUGAGGAGAUAUUUGUCAGGACCACCAGGGCCACAAGGACCACCGGGACCACCAGGGCUAUCAGGAGGAAUUUCAAGCAUUUACAAUAUUGAGGAGAUAGCCACAUACGUCUUCAAAAUCAUGAAUGAGAGAGGGAUUGCUAGAGGUCCACCCGGACCACCCGGUCCUGCUGGGCCUUCUGGUGCAGGGGGCUCUGGCUUCACCACCGCUACGAUUGACUAUUCUGCACUGAUAAGAAAUUCCGACUUCCGCUCUUGGAUUAACUCUGCCGUACAACACGGUCCUCCUGGUCCUCCGGGUGUCGCGGGGCAACCUGGCCCUCCUGGUCCUCAGGGGCCGACGGGAGUCUCCACUGCCACUGUGUACGGGUCGGGAGGUCGAGGCUACAGCAUGGAGGAAAUUCAGCGUUACCUGCAGACUUCUGGUUUCAGAGGUGUUCCCGGCCUUCCUGGUCCUCAAGGUCCUCAGGGACCACCGGGUCCAUCAGGCAGUUCCAGUGGAUCAAUUUCCUACAAUGGAAACUUCCCUCGGGAGAGUAUCCGCGCUGAAGUCCAAGAGUAUCUGACCAGUGACGGUGUUCGUCGUGCCAUCAUGGGACCUCCGGGACCUCAGGGACCGAGGGGUCAGAAGGGAGAUCGUGGAGAGCCGGGUUACAGCCAGAGCUACAUGCAGAGCCAGAGCUACAGUCAGGGCGACUCUCGACACGGCUCUCAGCGCAGAGACAUCGAUAUCAGCAAGCUGACUGAGACACUGGACUACUCCAGCGUCGCCAUUAAAGUGACGGACCUCAUCAAGAAUCAAGGCCUGCUGCAGGAGUAUCUGGUUGAGGGUCCUUGGAGGUCCAACGUGAGAGCGAUUCAAGGCCCCCCUGGUCCACCUGGCCCCGUCGGACCAGCCGGUCAGAGCCGCGUCAUCGGUGCCUAUGGCAACGUCACAGCUGACCUCAUGGAGUUCUUCAGAACGUACGGCACCAUCCCCGGCCCUCCAGGAGGCCCUGGACCCAGGGGUGACAGAGGGCACCCAGGACCCAGAGGAGAAAAGGGUGAUCCAGGGCGCCCAGGUUUAGCGGGACUACCAGGGACCUACACUGUCCAAAUUCCACACAGAGUGCAGAAGAGGGAUGCAGGAGAUAAAGUGAUUGCUCGCCGUCAUCGUCGUCACGCCAGCGGUGGCUAAACGUACUACUGGAUAAAGUCAGAUUAAUUUUAAGUUUUUU